AUUAUAGUAAAUAAAAGAAGAUGAUGCAUAAAAUAUAGAAAUAAUAUAUUUAGUUUGUACUGGAAUCAUAAUCUAAUUAGAAAUAACUAAAAUUAUAGAAAAAAUAAGUAGAAAAGGAAGUAUAUAUGUAAAUUGGCAAAAUAAAUGGAGUACAAAAGUAAUGUUUUAUUUUAAAAGUAAAAUAUAAAUGAGACCGAAGAAAGUAACCAUACAAGUGUGGUCAAGUGGUAUAACAGAAUUGGAAAUGUGCUAAACACUCUGUAUACAAAAUUUACUAAACUCAGAUUUAUCCGUUUGUAUGGCUAGAGACAUAUAUAUCUAAUUAAGAUUACGAGUAAAUGUAUCUAUCUAACGCUGGUAGAAAAACUUUCAAAAGAUUAGUCGAUUGAAUCUCGGUCCGCCGGAUUCUUCCAAAUCAUAAAAAAUAAAAAAAAGAGAAUGGGACAUAACUAGUUUUGGGUACAAACUAAUAUAACAUGAUCAUGGGAGACACCUACCCCCAGAUGUACGUAAACGUAGUCCAACCUAACUUUCACCAACAACACGAUCGAAAAACGAGAUUCCAUUUAUAGUAACUAAAUAGGGGUACUCUUGUAAAUUCCUUUCAUACCUUCUUUCCGAAAAAUGUUAACCGGGCCGGGCUCGCUAAUGGGUUCCAAAUUUUAUAAUUUUCAAGUUUAAACAAAUCGUUUGCCCUAAUGGUCGAUAAAGAGAAAGGGUCAAAGGAUAAAAAGCUGCGGUUUAAACUAGGGUCACUUUUCAAGUUACACCAUUUUAAAAUAAUUUAAUUUAUUCGGGAUUAAAAAAAAAUACUCAUUAACGCAAUAUUGAAUAUUGACUGGAAUUCGAUCUUGUAAUAUAGGAAUAAAAAUUUAAAACGAUGUUUAAAUUGAUUUGAAGAAUAAAAUGCCUACCACACAUGUCCUGAUGUCCAUCCCAUAUAUUAUACCAAAAACGAAACACAUACACAGUGUAUUUAUAAAUGAGAUGAGAGAAGAAAGCACGAAACAAUAAGCGAGCGAGGAAGACAAGAAAGCAACACAAUACAAAGUAUCGAUAAAAUAAUAAUAAUAAUAAGAGAGAAUAAAAAUCCCUAAAACUGCGAGCGUUUUUGUUAACGGGAGAGAGAUGAGUCUCUAAAAACCAAAUAUCAUGGAACCAUGACGAAGGAAGAAGAAGCAUCGUAUAGCAUGAACGAUAUUUGCAGUAACGAUCACAAUAUUGAUGAUAACAACAACAACAACACUAAUCUAAAGCAGCACGAGGGGCGCGCAUGGGGCACGUGUGAGGAGCUGUUAUUGGCAUGCGCCGUUAAGCGACACGGGUUUUGUGACUGGGACUCCGUCGCCGCGGAGGUUCGAACCCGGACCUCUCUCUCCUCCGUCUUUCUCUCCGCUGAUGAUUGCAGGCACAAGUAUCGAGAUCUCCAGCGUCGGUUCAAGGAAUCCGCCGACGGCGAUAACGACGCGACGGCGGAGGAGGAGGGAGGGAAUGAUAUCCCGUGGCUGGAAGAGCUGCGUAGCCUCCGUGUGGCGGAGCUCCGUCGUGAGGUUGAACAGUACGACGUUUCGAUACUAUCGCUUCAGUUGAAGGUUAAGAAGCUAGAGGAGGAGAGAGACGGCGGCGAGAAACUAGAUCUGGUGGAAGAAGGAGAGAGGAAAGGAGAGAGAUCGGAGAACGACGGCGGUGAGAAGGCGGAGGAGUCCGAACGGGAAAACAGGUCGAUGAACGAGUCGAACUCGACGGGCUCCGGCGAGAAAACCGUCGGAGAAGACGAACCGGGACAGACUCGUGGUGAUGAUGUAGAUCCCGAUCCGGUUAACGCUGCGGAGGAAGGAUCGGGAGCGAGUGACUCAGGCGAGUUGGGCGAGUCAGGGACGUCGGGGAGGAAGUGGAAAAGGAAACGACGGAAAGAUAGUGACGGAGAGAUCAGAUCGGCGGCGAGUGAAUCGCAGCCGUUGAUACGUCUUCUUGAUUUGAUUCGGUCCCAUCCGCGUGGAUCUUUGUUCGAACGCCGGGUUCGAAGCCAGGAGAGUAAGGAUUACAAGAGCCUGGUUAAGCAACAUUUGGACAUUGAGACAAUACAGAGAAAGCUGACGCAAGGAUCCUAUGAUUCUUCAAAGCUCACUUUUUACAGAGAUCUUCAGCUUCUCUUCGCUAAUGUGAUUGUGUUCUUCCCUUCGUCUUCUUCGGAAUCAAUGGCUGCUCAUGAACUAAGAGCCAUUGUUUCUGAAGAAAUGAGGAAAGAGAGCGGGAAAUCGAGUCCCCGGUUGUUAAAAGCAUCAGCAGGUAUGAGUAGUAUCAAAGCAGAAGCUGCUGAGACAUCAGAACAGAAGUCUUCAGCUCCACUUGUCGUUUGUAAGAGGAGAAGAUUUGUUUCCGCUAAGGCUAAGGCUUCUCCAUCGUCUUCAAGCUUUAGCCAGAAGGAGGAGACGAAAGAGGAGACAGUAUCAGAGGAGAAUGAGAACGUUGAGACUGGUGGAAGAAGCUCGAAAAGAACAGCUAACAGUACAAAGACGGGCAAAGGGAAGAACAAACAGAAACAGGCGGAGGAGGAGGCGAAAACAGAGAAGAAGGUGGUGGUUUCAUCAGAUAAGAAGAAGAGCGUGGCUGACUUCUUGAAGAGGAUAAAGAAGAGCUCUCCGCAAAAGGAAGAUAAAGAUCAGAACAAGAGUAAGAAGGAGAGUAAACCGAAACCAAGAGAGCUUAGAAGCAACAAUGUGGGUAAAAAGAAAAAGGCUGAGGUGGAGAAUGCUGCUACUCCGGUGAAAAGAGCUCCCGGGAGACCACCGCAGAAGAAAACAGUGGAGGCGGUUGCAACCGCCUCAGGGAAACGAGGUAGGGAAAGUGGAAGCACAGGAAAGGACAAUAAACAGCCAAAGAAAAGAAGCAGGAGAUGAUGUAGCGUUAAGUAUUAUUGUAUAUCAAUAGAAUUAUGUUUUGGGUUGUUCUUUCUCAAUCUUAGUUAUGGAUUAGGUUAAGUGUACUUUUGUUUGUUGACAUUAGUAAGAUUUAUUCCUUUUUUUUGGUUAUA